AUGGAGGCCCUGCCCGAGCUCUACGCCAUCUUCCAGGGAGAGGUUGCUACAGUGACAGAAUAUGGAGCCUUUGUCAAAAUCCCUGGCUGCAGGAGACAAGGCCUUGUGCACAGGACUCACAUGUCCUCCUGCCGGGUGGAUAAGCCCUCAGAGAUCGUGGAUGUUGGAGACAAGGUGUGGGUGAAGCUGAUUGGCAAGGAGAUGAAGGAUGGCAAAGUGAAGCUUUCCCUCUCCAUGAAGGUUGUCAACCAAGGCACAGGGAAGGACCUGGAUCCCAACAACGUUUCCCUUGAGCAGGAUGAGAGGAAAAAACGCAGCUUCAGAGACUACACCAGCCAGAAGAUCACACUUGAAGCUGUCUUGAACACUGUGUGCAAGAAAUGUGGUUGCAAAGGUCACUUUGCCAAGGAGUGUUUUGUGCAGCCUGGAGGUACCAAAUACAGCCUCAUUCCAGAGGAGGAGGAGGAAGAGCAGGUGGCAGCAGCAGGAUGUGAAAGAGAGAAAAAAGGCAGCGUGGCUGAGGAUCCUUCAAGGAAAAGGAAAAAGAAGAAAAAGAAGAAGAAGAAGCAGAAGAAUAAAGACUCCUCCGAGUCGGAGUCGGACAGCUCAGACUCAGACAGCGACAGGGCUCAGCCAGCCAGCAAGAGGAGCAAACACUCAGGCAAGCCCAGCAGGGCUCAGAAGAAGAAGAAGAAGAAGAAGCACAAGAAGCAGUCCCGGGACUGAGGAGCAGGCAGG